AUGUCGCAGGAUAAUCCGCCUCAGAAUAAUGACAUCUCAAUGGUGGAUGUGUGUGACGCAGACAGACAGCAACAACAAAACAAUGAAACAGACUCAGCAGGCUUGAGUCAUACAUUAUCCCAGAUGAAUAUUGAUGGCCCCGAUGAAUUUGAAGACAAUGAAAAUCCUGAUAGAAUGACAGUUCCAAGAAAUAAAUCGACUUUAAUUUUUGAAGACGAUGACGAUGACGAGAUCCCUCCAUAUUCUAGACAUCAAGAGAAUGUUUCAGAUACUAAUUUGUCAGAGGACGAUGACGACGACGAAUCUGUAGAUUCAUCUCAUCACGUGGUUUCUUCUUCUGCUACUCCACAUGUUGGCCAAGACCAAUAUAAAUCCAAGUCUGAUUUCUCUGAAAAUUCUCAACGACCACAGCAACAAUAUUCUAGCAAUACUGGCACUUCAAACACCAAUUCAAACCCUGCCUCGAAAUCUAAUAUGGUACCUGUUGAUAUCACAUGGCAACAGGGUGGUGACAAGGUUUAUGUUACUGGUUCCUUCACAGGUUGGAGAAAAAUGAUAGGUCUUGUACCGGUACCUGACCAACCAGGUUUACUACAUGUUAAGUUACAACUACCCCCAGGCACUCAUAGAUUUAGAUUCAUUGUUGAUAAUGAGUUAAGAUUUAGUGAUUUUUUACCAACUGCUACUGACCAAAUGGGGAACUUUGUAAAUUAUCUUGAAGUUGUAGCACCACCAACUACUGUUGAUGAAAAUAUAGGUGGUAACUUACCAAAUCAAACUGCAGACUCAUCCAAUUAUCAACAAGAUAUGGGCGCUGGUAAACCUAUUUAUAAACAAGAUAACCAAGCUCAAACUAAGCAACCAAUGAGUGCUAGGUCAAGAAUUGCGUUCGAAAUUGAAAAAGAGCCUGAUGAUUUAGGUGAUGGUUUUACUCGUUUCCAUGAAGAAAAGCCUUUAAAACAAGAUGUAGAAUACACUCAAGAUAUACCGGCUGUCUUUACAGAUCCAACUGUCAUGGAACAAUAUUAUUUAACUUUAGAUCAACAACAAAAUAAUCACCAAAAUAUGGCGUGGCUUACUCCACCUCAAUUACCACCUCAUUUAGAAAAUGUAAUAUUAAACAGCUAUUCAGGCUCAGGUUCAGACAAUGAAAAUACCUCAGGGGCACUACCGAUUCCAAACCAUGUUGUAUUAAAUCAUUUGGCAACAAGUAGUAUUAAGCAUAAUACCUUAUGUGUUGCAUCCAUUGUAAGAUAUAAAAGUAAGUAUGUUACCCAAAUAUUAUACGCUCCAUUGCAGUAG